UGCACUCACUAGACACUCAGAGGGAAACAAAUAUCAAAGUGGUAUGUGUCGUAGAAGUCAGGAACAGAUUGGCUAUCAAUUAUGCGGGCGAUGACGAGGUGGGCAGCCGUCGGCGAACUGCGGCUUCGGCCUCGGCACAAGACAACGCGAACGAACGCUUCGUUCGUCGCGUGCUCGCUUUCUUCCUCCUUAACACAAUUCGCAUGUUCAGUCAGACUCCGCGAAAGCAACCCUCUCAAGCUGCUGCUAAUGAUAGCAGUCUUUAGAGGACAAGAACAGGCACAAGGCUCCCAUCUUACGUACGAAACGCGUCAAGUCCAGGAAUCCGAACCCUUUCUUUUGUACCAAGUACAUCUCACCAGCACUUCUGCCAGAGUCCAAUGUAAUUGGUCUUUUUCCAUAUUGGUGGGAGACACAGCAUAACGAUAAGCUUGCUAAGCUUCUGUCCAAGGUUUUGUCGUCCUCGUA